AUGGAAAAAACAAGACAGUUGUUGAUGAAUUUCCUAGUAUAUCCAUUGCAAUCACAAUCUACAGUCAGUUAUUCUGAGGUACCAGCUAGAUUUUAUGAACCGGGAAUUCUCCAUGGCUACAGACUGACAAAUCACAAUAUCUCGUAUUAUUUAAAAAGUAUCUUCAACGUUCAUAAUGAGACAGGUAAUAUUUGGACACAUCUGAUUGGUUUUGUGCUAGUAGCGUAUGUUUUAGCACAGUAUGGAACGAUAUUUGAAUUUUGGAAAGAACGCCAUUCCUGUCCAAUAUUAAUUUAUGGAAUUACCGCUCUUGUGUUGAACGCAUUGAGCACAAAUGCACAUAUCUUCCAUUCGAUGUCUUUAAGUGUGCAUGACAUCGUGUAUUUGCUUGACUACUGCGGAAUUUCAUUUAUGGGGUUUGGUAGUGGAGUUCUGGUCCUUUGUAUGUUCACAGAUGAUCCUACCUAUAGAACAGUUAACAGUUUUUAUUUUGCUUUAUUAUGGAUAUCGUCCUUUGUUCUAUUUGCAAUAUUAUGCUUUCUGAGAUUAACACCAGGAAUGAAUAAAAAAAUCCGAAAGUAUCUCACAGUUGCCACAUGUGGUACACAUUUAACGCUGAUAGCUAUUUUAAUUGCACCAAGAUACUAUCACUGUUAUAUGGACAGUGAAUGCAGUAUUUGGUCACUGAACAAUAUCAGUCUGAUGUUUUUAUUGUCAGCUCUGCAAGGAUUUGCACUUGGUAGCCACUUACCAGAGGUAAUAUUUCCAGGAUGGUUUGAUAUACUUGGUCAUAGUCAUCAAUGGUUACACAUCUUUAGUGUCUGGCAGGAGAUGACUGUGUUAAAAGUUGGAUACACAGAACUAAUUCGAGGAUCGACACGUGAUCGUAAUUUUCCAACUAUUUCAUUUUUGUUAUCAACAACUUUUUUGUUGUUAUUCAUGAAACUUUGCUUUCUUUUUUACAUGGUUAGAAAACAUUUGAAAAGUCGUAAACAUAGACAUUGAAUACAUAUUUACUAUCAAUAAUAAAAACCUGUCUUGUUGCUCCAUUCCAUUUUGGAAAUGUUAAACUUUUGUACAUAAGUCGUUAGUUUUCUCGUUUGAAUUGUUUUACAUUUGUCAUUUCGGGUCCUUUUAUAGGUGACUAUGCGGUAUGAGUUCAUUGCUGAAGGCCGUACGGUGACCUAUAGUCUUAAACUUCUAUGUCAAUUGGUCUGUGGUAGAGA